AUGCCACUUUUCCAAGUACCUUUCAAACCAAUCAAACCGCAAGAUUAUAAAGCAGUUAGCGAAUACCAGGCCAGCGUCAAGUGCUUCGAGACCUUGGCCAAAGCAGAAUUUCGACAGGCACACAAGAGCUUACCGAAAAUACAACCGAUGCGAUGGGGACCUGUGACGAUGAGCCAACAUGAGUUACAUUAUCAAGACUAA